UCCCUAACCCCGCCCCGCGGGCCCCGGCCCGACCCCUCCCGGAAGCGCCGGCCGAGCAUCCCCACAUGGAGCGCGAGCCGAGCGCCUCCGGGGCGGCCCCCGCGGCGGCCGCGCUCCUCGCCUGGGGUGCAAAUAGCUACGGGCAACUUGGCCUUGGCCAUAAGGAAGAUGUACUUUUGCCCCAGCAACUGGAUGACUUCUGUAAACCUGAGUGUAUCAGGAGGAUCACGGGAGGAGGGGGCCACUCUGCUGUUGUCACAGAUGGAGGAAGCCUUUUUGUUUGUGGCUUGAACAAAGAUGGGCAACUGGGACUUGGUCACACAGAGGAUGUUCUGUAUUUUACCUCCUGCAGAUCCCUCCUUGGCUGUCCUAUCCAACAGGUGGCCUGUGGCUGGGAUUUUACCAUUAUUCUCACAGAAAGUGGUCAAGUUCUGUCAUGUGGAUCCAAUUCCUUUGGCCAGUUAGGAGUUCCUCAAGGCCCUCGAAGAUGUGUGGUUCCCCAGGCCAUUGAGCUCCUGAGAGAGAGGGUUGUUUGCGUUGCUGCUGGACUGAGGCAUGCUUUGGCUGCGACAGCAAGUGGCACUGUGUUCCAGUGGGGGACUGGUUUGGCAUCAUCUGGACGGCGGUUGUGCCCUGGGCAGACUCUCCCACCAUUUUUGACAGCAAAGGAACCAAGCAGAGUGACAGGCCUGGAGAAUUCUAAAGCAACCUGUGUUCUUGCUGGCUCAGAUCACUCCGCUUCAUUGACAGAUGCAGGAGAGCUGUAUGUUUGGGGAAGCAACAAGCAUGGGCAACUGGCUUCCUUGGCUGCUUUCCUUCCUAAGCCCCAGAAAAUAGAAGCACAUUGUUUUCAGAAUGAAAAGGUCACUUCUGUCUGGAGUGGGUGGACACACCUGGUUGCUCAGACAGAAACUGGCAAGGUGUUUACCUGGGGCCGGGCGGACUAUGGUCAACUAGGGCGGCAGUUGGAGUCUCAUGAAGACUGGAAAGCACGAAAUCAGGAUUCAUCCUUCCCCUGCUCAGGACCUCAGAAGAGCAUGCCUUCCUCUCUGCGUUGCUUAACAGGAGCAGCUGAGGUCUCUUGUGGCUCCGAGCAUAAUCUGGCAGUGAUUGAUGUGCUCUUUACACCCUGUCAUGUGCCUCCCAGGAGACUGAGCUCCAUGGCCUGUAUCAGCAGGCUCCCUUGCCUUCUGACUUCUAGUAGGAUUCGGCUAAUGAGAGGCACAGCAGGAGAUCUGAGGACUGGAGAAAGAUUGAUAAGAGCUGCAAAGGGAUCUCUUCUGGCUGCCAAGGUUUCCAGCCUCAGACUGUCCCCAAGAAGACAAAGAAGAAUGAGAGGGACGUGUUACUCUUGGGGCUGGAACGAGCAUGGCAUGUGCGGGGAUGGCUCCGAAGCCAACGUCUGGGCCCCGAAGCCCGUGGAGGCUCUGCGGUCGUCACGGGGACUCCUCGUGGGCUGUGGGGCUGGCCACUCCCUGGCCCUCUGCCAGCCGCCAGCCCGCCCUGAGUUGGACCAGCGCCCCAAGGCCACCAGCUCUUCCCCAGAUGCCACUGAGGACACUGAAUCUCAGGAAGCCACGGACAAAGAGAGAGAAAGUGGAAGGAAAGACAACCAGAAACUUCUACCCAAAGUCAAUCUGGCAGGUCCAGAAAUGGGGGGCUUGUAACAGAGGCCGUUUAAUAAAGUGACUUUUCCCACCCAAA